UUUCGCUUCGUUCGGGUGUGCAAUAAAGGAGCUCCAGCGUUUCGCACCGUAGCAAGUGAAAUACAGUGAAAUUUUUCAUUUAGAGGUGUAGAGCUGCUUCGCGGACCGGCAAGGAGCCGCCAUAGCACGGAGAUUCAUCAGUUUUUCCCCUGGUGAGUGGAAAAAUCACAAAGUUUAGUGAGCAUUGUAGCGCACAGUAAACAGCAUCCAUUGCUGUCAACAGGGUCACGUUUAGAGCCGUGAAUCUUGUAUGCAAGUCGUAGCCCGUCGGUCACUCUUGUAAGCAAGUUCUCUGCCGUUUGAAUCUACGGUUGGUAUUCUCAUAUCGCCGUUGAGUCUUCGUAUUCCACUGCUAAUUUAAUUAGCAAACGGUUUAUCCAAACCGAAUCAAAUCAUUUUGCACUUUGAAUUUGGUAAUAUCACACGGUACUGGUGUCUUCUGGAAAAAUUCCGCCCCACCAGCGGCGAUGCUGGGCGCGGGCUUUCCCCCACUCCCCGGUGAUCCCGGGGGAGGGCCAUCAAAUAGGAUAGACGGUACUUAUGCUGGAGCAACCCUGCCCAGCUACAUGGACCCAAACGGGGAUCACGGCAAGCUUAUCAUUCUGAAGUUGGAACCUGCGGUAGGAAAGAAACUUCCUGAUCACCCUUUCACACUACGAACAUCUAUUGAAAGGCGCGUUGGUGGCAAGAUUGAGGGAGCAUUCUCCGAGGCACAAGGGCAAGCGUACGCCCUAAAAGUGAGGAGCCAGCACCAAAUGGAGCGGCUUCUUUCUAUGACGGAACUCACGGACGGAACGGCGAUCAAGAUUUCUAAACACCCAGGAUUAAACUCUACGCGGUGUGUCAUCAGUUGCAGAGAACUAGCGAAGAUCGAAGAUGACGAUAUACUCGAGAACCUGGAAUCCCAGAAUGUCAGCGGUAUUCGUCGAAUCACCAGAAGAGUAGGGGAUGGAAAGGAAAACACGGCCACAGUUAUCCUGACAAUAAACGGCACGACGAUGCCUGAACAUAUCGACAUUGGCUACCGACGAUACAGAACCCGUCCCUACUACCCCGCACCUAUGCUGUGCUACCAGUGUUACAAAUUCGGACACACGCGAACUCGCUGUCAACAGCAGAACACCACCUGCGGAAACUGCGGUCAGCAGCAUGAAGUCGCCAAGGACGUACCCUGCUCCAACCAGACAUUCUGCUCAAGAUGUCAAACAAAGGACCACGCCAUCGGAAGUCGGAAGUGCCCAGUCUACCAAACCGAAGACGCUAUCCAGCACAUACGGGUUAAUCAAGGUAUCCAGUACCCAGCAGCUCGGAGGAUCUACGAAGCGAUGCAAGGGGAAAAAACAUACGCUGGUACCACAGUACAUAGCAAAGAUCAGACCAUCCACGAACUGUCCACGAAAUUUGAAAUCAUGGUAAAGAAAAUGGAGGAGAAGGAUGCUAAGAUCCAGGCACUGGAAAACCAGAUCGCAGUAGGUCCCACGACAACAACUAACUCCGACCUAAACCACCUCCGUAAUCUUGUGGAGAACCUCCAGAAGGAACUUAAAAACAAGGAUGAAAGAAUCCAAGCCUUGGAAAGUUCAUCGAACAAGGAUUCCAGGAUGGAUCUCGUACGGAAACAUGGCACCAUCGAGGACCUUAUCGCCCGAGUAUCAGCCCUCGAAGCGAAAGUAUCCAAGAAAGAUAAGGAAAUCGACGUUCUGAAAUCCGUUAACCAGGCAUACAAACAAGCACUCGAUGGGAAACCCACCCUUAAAUCUCAACGCAAGGAAGCAAAUCCCAUGCAACCCGUCCUCACGGAUAGCUGUACCCCCAACCACAAGGCAUCUAGAAUAGCAACUGCUAUCAAUACCGAUCCUGCCCAAGAAACAAGCAUGACCAUCGAAAAACAAAAUAACGCCCAUCCCGAGCACACAGGUGCCAAGAAGAAAUCACGGAAAACCGUUACCAAACAAAAUAGCGGGGAGAUGGUACCCAAAAGAACGAAAGCCGACGAGCUGACACACCAAACCCAAGCUGAAAAUCUACAUAAGAACGAUAAAGACGAGAUGGAUAACAUUAUGUAUAUUUCCGAUUCCGACGAGGUAAAAGUUCAAGAGCAAGCCCCGCUUGACUUCCAAUCCGUCAUUUCGGAUCUUGACUUUUCAUCGGACGAGAAUAUGCAAAACGAUCAGGACGUGUCCAUGUCCCGAUAG